CCAUCUGCAAUUGACCAAAACACCCCACCUUGGCCGCCAGUGUCGCCUUUGCCUCACAUUCAGCUGGGUAACAGUUUCAACGUGCCUCGGACUCCACUAGUCCCUCCAAUCUCAUCUAAUCAACCUUACCAGCAAGCCAACGGACAGCCUCCAACCCCAAAGCGUCCAAAGCCCUUACCAGGAAUUUUAGUGUUUGCCAGAUUAUCUUUCCUCGACAGUAAAGUCACGCGAUGCUAUGGCUGUGGCGACACCCUGAAGCCAGGCGGGACCAAUCCACCUCCACCCGAUGACCUCGUUUUGACAACACGACUUCGCCGUCAGUAUUUAAAAAAAGGACGUCAACACACAUCUCCAGAUAUUUCGUCGGUAUAUUAUCAUGUUAACCCUUAUUGCAUAAGGGUAACCUUCCCUGCCUUUCAACCAAAUUCAUGCAGAAUACCGUCGGAUCUACAGCCUUUUCUUCUACCCGAACACAAGCAAGUAAUUUUCGAAAGGCUUGCCGCUAUGGUCUAG